ACGGCGAUCGAUCCCAGACCGACCGUGCAUCAAGCGAACGCUUUACCACUGGCCUACGUCCCACCCCUCUUAACAUUAGAAUUUACUAAAGUCCGACCUACAUUGUUAACCACAUUAACUCUUGUACAUUUUAGUACCGUUAGAUUUCCUCCACAUUUUGUCCAGACAGACAUUGUGGGGAUAACAUUGCAAUGAUACAAUAGAAGGAAGGAAAUGGUUUAUUUAACGACGCACUCAACACAUUUUAUUUACGGUUAUAUGGCGUCGGAAGCAAUGAUACAGGUUCGACAUACUAAAUCGUAACCAGUCUAUAUCGACUUUGCUCAAAUCUCUUAGGACAAAAAGCAUACAGGCUGCCAUUUUGGAUUUUUAUGAAAUACGCUCCAAGAGGGAUGGAAGGGUGUAACGUAAUCUAAAAACAUAAUGAUGUAUUAUAGUAUAGGUAAUCAUGACGUCAUAUUAAUGACGUAACAUACUUCGGAGGCUUCCACCCUUCUUAAAGUGUAUUCUAUAAAAAAGCAAAACGCCAGACGUUUUUCACAAUGGGAUGUGAUGUCUCGCGACAUGGGCCGGUGCCUCACCUUGUACAGGAUCCAGAUGUCACCACUGCUGCUGCCGGUUCUCUAGAAGUGGAGUCAGAUAGGGAAACUUAUGCUAUACCUCCCUUGCGGGUUGAAUCGUAUUCUAAACUUUCAGCGGAAGUGUCCGAUGCGCAUACAUCUUGUACUGCACGUGAAACUCAGUCACUGUUUAGAUCCGAGAGUCAGUUAUUAACUGGAUCCCAUAGUAACCUUGCUCUCUCUUCCAGUAAGGAACAGCAAGUGGUACAAUCUUCCGCCCAGUCUGAAGGUCAGAUUCCUCUCUCUUCCAGUCAAAAACAGCAAGUCGUAAAAUCUACCACCCAGUCUGAAGGUCAGAUUCCUGUCUCUUCCGGUAAAGAACAGCAAGUCGUAAAAUCUCAAAUCCAGUCUGAAAGUCAGAUUCCUCUCUCUUCCAGUAAAGAUCAACAAGUCGUAAAAUCUACCACCCAGUCUGAAGGUCAGAUUCCUCUCUCUUCCAGUAAAGAUCAGCAAGUCGUAAAAUCUCCCACCAAGUCUGAAGGUCAGAUUCCUCUCUCUUCCAGUAAAGAUCACCAAGUCGUACAAUCUACCACCAAGUCUGAAGGUCAGAUUCCUCUCUCUUCCAGUAAAGAUCAGCAAGUCGUAAAAUCUACCACCAAGUCUGAAGGUCAGAUUCCUCUCUCUUCCAGUAAAGAUCAGCAAGUCGUAAAAUCUACCACCCAGUCUGAAGGUCAGAUUCCUCUCUCUUCCAGUAAAGAUCAGCAAGUCGUAAAAUCUCCCACCAAGUCUGAAGGUCAGAUUCCUCUCUCUUCCAGUAAAGAUCAGCGAGUCGUAAAACCUACCACAAAGUCUGAAAGUCAGUUUCCUCUCUCUUCCAGUAAAGAUGAGCGAGUCGUAAAGUCUACCACCCAGUCUGAAGUUCAGAUUCCUCUCUCUUCCAGUCAAGAACAGCAAGUCGUAAAAUCUCCCAUUCAAUCCAAAAUUGACCUUUCUCUCCAAGAACCCGAACCGUCUAUUCCACACGACCCUAGAAUAUUACGCAGAUCGCAUGCCUUAAAAAUCAUUAUACCCGCGUCAGAAGCCACCUCUCAAUAUAUUUCUGGAGGAGAAACACGAUCGUAUCAGAAAGAUGGUGGCUCAAGGUUAUACGAGAUUACGGUCGACUUACGCGAUGAAUCGAAGCGCAGCCGACCUUCACCUUGGAAGGACCCAACAAUGGACGGGAAGCUGUACACGGAUCAGGAAUUCCCACGGAACAUUGCAAUAGAGAACGUCGUCGUCGCCGAUAAAGGCGAUAUAAUAGAAUGGAAGAGGCCAGGGGACUUUUAUGAGAAUCCUGUGCUGUUUCCAGAUAAGACAACUGUGUAUAGAACUGGUCGGAGACAAGACCGAACCAGUAGGUUCUUGUCCGUGCUUGCUAACCUGUCGAGAGAUAGACGUAUUAUUCACAAUGUUAUUUUGGAAGAUUCUUGGGAUCCGAAAACGGGAGUUUUUAAAUGCAGGCUUUUCAAUUUCGGUCAGUGGCAGACGAUUUACACUGACGACUUUGUUCCUGUGGUCAAAAGCAAACCGUUGUGGGGAACCGUAGAAAAAGAAUAUAAAGAAGAGGUAUGGGAGGCACUGCUGGUGAAAGGUUUUGCAAGGUUCAACGGCUCGUACGAUUCUAUCGUCCAUGGUCAGACGGGUGACGCGUUUUUCGCGCUGACCGGAGGAGUGGCCGAGCGGCUGGACCAUGACCAGAAGAAACUCGACCCUGAUUACUUACUGGAGCGUAUCAGUAGUGCCCUGCAGUCUGGGGCGCGGAUCUCAUGCUGCUGCGAAAGCGACGAUCAAGGAUUGCUUGCUAAACAUUCAUAUGUCGUAAAUGGCAUGACAUUGGUUAACACACGAGAUGGCAGCACUGUGUGUCUAGUUAGGAUGAAAAAUCUGUUUGGAAGAGGAUGCUGGACGGGUCCAUGGAGUGAAUGGAGUGAAGAAUGGAGCACUCUAGAGGAUGAGGGUGUAGUGGAGAAGGCCACAAGCGAGAAGGCGGAGUUCUGGAUUCGUCUGAGUGACUUUAUUAAGUACUUUUCACACCAGACGAUUUGUAGUCUCUCGACGCGUGUUGAUGCCAGUGGUAUUGCCGGACCAUUGGAUCACAUUACAAAUAUCUAUGGUGAAUGGAAGGAUGCUGCAGAUCCAAGAAACAAACAUCAGAUAUACUUCACCAUAUCAGAGGAAGGUAUGACGACUGCAGGUUUCGUACCUGUGUGCGUACAGAUAAUUCAGCGAACAACACGAAGUCAAGACCGAGUUGCCAUUAAAUGCGAAUUGCUCAAGCGCAAAGAUUCAGGUGUAGAGUUGGUGGAAGAAAAUCACAGUAACUACGGAACUGGAAUUCAGGUGUCAAACAUGUACAGACUUCAGCCUGGCGAAUAUCUGCUUCGACCGAAAGCCCGUAAAAUAGUUCCGGGAAAAGAGUUCCUGAUUCGAUUCUUCACAGCUUAUUCAUUAGCAGAAAUUAAGUAUAUGUAAUUAACUGUAAUUAAAGUUCAAGUUCUCCCGCUACAACAACAACAACAACAACAACUACUACUACUACUACUGCUACAACUGCCGGUCCAAUGAACUACCGAAACGGACCAACACGUACCUUAAACGGAAUGAAGCUUGGGCGAGGAGGGGGGGGGGGAGGGGGGAGGGGGGAG